AUGGGUCAGCUUGGCUCUAUCGAAGAGACCGAGGGUGACACAAUGAGUGGGUUGCCAAAAGAUUCGUCUCCGAGAGACAACAACCAGUCACCACUUCCUCAGGAAGAGGACGAUGCAAAGAAAACUUCUUCUCCAUCUCAAACUAAGCUCACACUGAAGAAUACCCAUAUUCGUGCUGAUUCAGCGGCCUCUUCCUCCCCCAAGACGACUCCCACGCAGAACUCGCUCUUGGAAAGAAGGUCGAAUUGGAAUAGAAGGCUAAGAUGGCGCCCACGGCCGAGAUGGAGAAGGAAUCCAAUGGAUACAUGGGACAAGGACAUGGAAAAUUUCCGCAUGUCGAGGGAACCAAUGUUUACUCACGGACGCAGCUCCAACAUUGAACGUGGCAGUUCUGGAACACAACCUGAUGACUGCCAGACUGGAACGCCCGACACUGAGCCCUUUUGA